GAUACAAUCGACAGUUGAUUGAGACUAAAUGAAUCUUUACUAAACGCUUUAAUCUUUACUAAACGCUUUAAUAUAGUUAUUCAGUGAGAAACGACUAUUAAACCUCUAAAUCAAACACAAUCUAAAUCAACUAUCACCCGAUAAUUUUUAAGUCUUAUUAAAUAUAGUUGUUUAGUAAAAAAAAUCAUCGGUUGCAUAAAUCUUUGAUCCAAACAUCUUUUAAAAAAAAAAAAAAAAAGACUAUUAACCGAAUUACACUUAUAAAUGGUAAAAAAUGCUAUCACCAUUAUGGUAAGCAAUACAAAAUAGAACUGGAGUCCAUAUAAAUUGCCAUUACCAAAACAAUAGUCACUAAGACAAAACGAGGAACAUAAUUAGUGAUGUGAAUGGUCAACCUUCAUGUGAUCUUUGCUAGCUAUUCUCUCAUUCCCUCUCAAUUAUGGGUGGCUGACAAGUCUUCUAAUCAUGCAUAUAUCAAAUCCCUUCAAGAAAAAGGAAUUUUAACUUGUCUUGACACUUCUUUUUAUUAUUAAAGACUUCACCACAAAUACACUUCAUCACCUCCCUAUAUAUAUAUUAGUCAUAUUUGCAUUUUAUGAAAUCUCUCUCUAUCUCUCCUUUUCAGAAAACAUUCAAAUAUCUCCCAUGGCUUCUCCGUCCAUUUCUCAACUAAAGGUACACCAGUCUCCGAACAGUGACAGCAAUGAAAAUGGGGCGUCUACUGCAUCGUCGCUGGACUUGGAAAAAGGCCAUAGUUAUUGGGAUCACAGGAGAAAUGAUGUAUUCUUGACAUGGAAGGAGCUUGGUGUUACAGUCUCGAGUAGAAAACAGGGAUCCAGACGGAUUCUACAAGGACUUACAGGCUAUGCCCAACCUGGAGAAAUCUUGGCAAUCAUGGGUCCUUCAGGCUGUGGCAAAACUACUCUUCUUGACGCUUUGGCUGGAAGAUUAGAUUCGAGCACUAGACAGAUUGGACAAGUACUAAUCAAUGGUCGUAGACAGCCUUUGGCUUAUGGGACAUCGGCUUAUGUGUCUCAAGAUGAUAUAAUAACAUGGACACUAACAGUAAGAGAAGCAGUAUACUACUCAGCUCAACUUCAGCUACCAAGUUCAAUGCCUUUAGUAGAAAAAAGAGAGAGAGCAGAAAUGACUAUAAAAGAGAUGGGAUUACAAGAAUCAAUGAAUACAAGAAUUGGCGGCUGGGGAAGCAAAGGCCUUAGUGGUGGACAAAAGAGGAGAGUCAGCAUUUGUAUAGAGAUAUUAACAAGGCCUAAGCUUCUUUUCCUUGAUGAGCCAACAAGUGGACUUGAUAGUGCAGCUUCUUAUUAUGUAAUGAAAAAAUUGGCAAACCUUGCUAAAGAACAUGGCAUGACAAUUGUAGCAUCUAUCCACCAACCUAGUAGUGAAGUCUUUCAGCUAUUUCAUAAUCUAUAUCUUCUCUCUUCAGGAAGAACAAUAUACUUUGGGCCCUCUGAUGCUGCAACUAAGUUUUUCCAAAUGAAUGGUUUUUCUUGCCAAAGUCAUCAAAAUCCAUCCGAUCAUUACUUAAGAACAAUUAAUACAGAUUUUGACGAGGACAUGGAACAAGGUCUUGGUGCAAAGAAAAAUAGAGAGGAAGUGAUCAACUUGCUAGUAAGAUCUUAUAAAUCAUCAAAUAUUCGCAAGCAAAUCGUAAGCAGAGUAGCAGAAAUAUGUAGCCAGAUAAGAGCAAUAGAGUUAAAAGAGAGAGCAGAAUUGAAGAAGGAAAGUCAGGCUAACUUCAUGACUCAAUGCCUUGUCCUAUCAAGAAGGUCCUUUGUGAAUAUGUAUCGUGAUCUUGGCUAUUACUGGCUGCGUUUGGCUAUAUAUAUCAUGUUGGGUUUAGGCUUAGGCUCUGUCUUCUUCGACCUGGGGUCUGGUUACAGAUCAAUACAAGCAAGAGGUUCAUUGCUUAUGUUCAUAGCUUCCUUGUUGACAAUUAUGGCCAUAGGAGGUUUCCCAUCAUUUGUGGAGGACAUGAAGGUUUUUCAAAGAGAAAGAUUGAACGGGCAUUAUCGAUCAGCUGCAUUUGUCAUUAGCAACACUCUUUCUUCAACGCCAUAUUUGCUUCUCAUAUCAAUCAUACCAGGAGCAAUCACUUACUACCUUGUUGGUCUCCAACAAGCAAGUGCACAUUUCAUCUAUUUUGCACUGACACUCUUUGCUUGUAUGAUGUUGGUAGAGAGCCUAAUGCUAAUUGUUGCGAGCAUCGUUCCGAAUUUCCUGAUGGGGCUAAUAACAGGAGCAGGAAUUCAAGGCCUGAUGAUGCUAAGUGGCGGCUUCUUUCGGUUGCCUGAUGAUCUUCCUUUAAUCUUUUGGAAAUACCCAUCAUACUACAUUGCCUUCCACAAGUAUGCAUAUCAAGGAUUGUAUAAAAAUGAGUUUGAAGGGUUGACAUUUCCAAGUGAGCAUGGAGGGCCUCCUUACAUAAAUGGAGAAGAAAUCUUGAAAGAUAUAUGGCAAGUUGAAAUGGGUUAUUCAAAGUGGAUGGAUCUAGCUAUAUUGUUUGGGAUGGUGGUUAUAUAUAGGCUUGUGUUGCUAAGUGUACUUGGGAUUAUUGAAAACUUUAAGCCUAUAUUUAGAGAAAUUAAGUUUGUUUCUUUUAAACAAACAAAGAGAGUGUUAGCUAAUUCAUCUCCAAAGUCUUUAGAUGAAGCAAGAUAGUAAUAAUAACAUGUUCUAAGUUAGCACUCCUAACACACCUAACUUCUCAAAGUUCAAGUAAUCAUAUUCAAUCUUACUUCUUUUUAGUUCAUUUUUGUA